AUGCACAUUUUCUGCAAUCUAAAGGAAGGAAUCCACAGCAGCAGUAAUAAUAUUCACCAACAAUACUGGAAGACGAAAGUGAGCCAUCGAGAUCAAGACAACAACAACAAGACACCCUUGGACGCCUUUCUGGAAACUGUGAAACAACCCCAAAACCCAUCAACAUUAAAAUCCAACAACAACUUCACGUGUCAACUACGCAAAUACCCCCCCACUCGCUAUUACAACACCACAAGAACGGACAACCCUCCUUCGUUUUUGAAAGACUCGGACUAUAUCUUUGGAAAAUGGCCCCACAUGUUGCUGUUACCAACAACAACACAACCCUCCAUAAAAAUCUGCAUUGACCAGACGGAAUGGUGGCCCAAACCCAAACAGAAGCAACAUUCCGAUGGCACCAAUCCCAGUAUCUUAUCUAUACACCGUCUCUGGAACGAUGCACCCCUCGUGGCAGCCACCAUCUUGUACCAUUAUCCCGAAACAAGCUAUGUCGUGGCGGUGGUCAACAAGGUAUUCUUGCAGUGUGUCUAUGACAAAAUCCCCACGAGUUGGAAAGCCGACUACAACAAUAAACGUUCCCUCAUUUUGUUACUCGACGAACGCAUGACGACGAUUGCACAAGCGACUCUUCGCGUCUUGGUCGACGAUCGCGACUGGGGACGCAAAGGAUUUCGAAUCCACAAACUUAAUAAUCGCAAACAGCAAGAUCCCACACGAGAAGAAAUCAUUACCAUUCUCGAUGACCCACGACUCUUUGUCUAUCAAGGACACGUCUAUAUUAGCUUUAUCAGUCACGAUUGGGCAUGGGAGGAUCAGUAUAUCAGUCCCAUUCAUUUCGAUUUUUUUCUGGGCAGCACUUUUUAUUUUGGAACCACCAUUAGGGCAUCGGAGAUUGUCACGUUGGGAAAGGGAAGGAAUCAAGCGCUCUUGUACGAUUCACCAGACGUUUCCUAUACUAGUACACCCGAACAACAACCACAACAACAACAACAAGCCAAGAAGCCUCAUUUGUUUACAGUAUCCUGGGUAGAUCCAGUCACAGUGAUCCCUGUGGGUGAUGUCCACCUACCCAAACAAAAACGACGACGACGCCUCUUGGAACUCAACAACAAGAAGAAGAAACGCAAAGACCCCCAAGCCCAUGGAACCAAUGGCCUGAUGGUCCGGUUGCCGACUACGACCCAAAACCAAAACGAACCACCCCAGUACUUGGGUGUGGCACACUUUCACCGUCCCAGAAGUACAGAGCCCAGCAUAUUUGCUUGGUUUGGUCAUCACUAUACACACUUUUUCUACACCAUUCAGCGGCGGAAACCAAGCAACAACAACAACGGUACGGCCGAGUUUCAAUUGACGGCCUUGUCCGCCGAGUUUGUCUUGCCAUCCGUCGACAGCCAUGGCAGGGCUCCUCAGGAUGUCGGAUGGGACCCCAAUGCUCACAUUGUGCAAUUCAUUUCGGGGAUGGAGUUAUUGCACAGGCGCAGCAGCAUGGAAGAGCCAGAACAAGAACAACUCAUCAUGGCCUAUGGGAUCAAUGACUGCGAAUCCGCCAUUACGACAAUCCCUUUGCAACAAGUCAAAGACAUGUUGGUUCCCGUUGUGGAAGUUGGCAAGGAAAUACAAGACUUUUUGAAACCAUUGGAAUGA